AUGCCCUGCUCCACCUUUUCCUUUGACCAUAUCUGUCCUGAAACCACUAUUCGUCCAACACGCAGGAAAGGCCCCUGUGGCAAUUUGGGGUCUGUUGUCCACACCAUUAACAAGAUGGGCAACCCUGUCAUCUCAAGAUUAACACAGCAGCAGAUUAUUGGGACCAUUCCGCUAAUGCCUAACCCGGGGCCAUCAAGCCAAGCAGCAAGCAGCACUCAGGGCCUUCAAGUACAGCCUAUCACGCCCCAGCUCCUGACCAAUGCCCAGGGCCAGAUCAUUGCCACAGUCAUUGGGAACCAGAUCCUGCCUGUGAUCAACACCCAGGGCAUCACGCUGUCCCCCAUCAAGCCAGGCCAGCAGCUUCACCAACCCUCCCAGACGUCAGUGGGUCAAGCAGGCUCCCAAGGCAACCUUCUGCACCUGGCUCAUGGCCAAGCAUCCACAUCUCAAAGUCCUGUGCGGCAGGCUUCCUCCUCUUCCUCCUCAUCCUCCUCUUCUUCAGCUUUGAGCGUGGGCCAGUUAGUCAGCAAUCCUCAAACGGCAGCGGGUGAGGUGGAUGGGGUUAAUCUGGAGGAGAUCCGAGAAUUUGCCAAAGCUUUUAAAAUCCGACGCCUGUCCCUUGGUCUGACGCAGACUCAGGUGGGACAAGCCCUCAGUGCCACAGAGGGCCCUGCAUACAGCCAGUCGGCCAUCUGCAGACACACCAUCCUGAGAAGCCACUUUUUCCUACCACAGGAAGCCCAAGAGAACACUAUAGCUAGCAGUCUGACAGCCAAACUGAACCCUGGCCUUUUGUAUCCUGCCAGGUUUGAAAAGCUGGACAUCACCCCUAAAAGUGCCCAGAAGAUCAAGCCGGUGCUUGAGCGGUGGAUGGCUGAGGCUGAGGCCCGCCACCGAGCAGGUAUGCAGAACCUCACGGAAUUUAUUGGGAGUGAGCCGUCCAAAAAGCGCAAGCGGCGUACCUCCUUCACACCCCAAGCCCUUGAGAUCCUCAAUGCCCACUUUGAGAAGAACACACACCCCUCGGGGCAGGAAAUGACGGAAAUUGCUGAGAAGCUGAACUAUGACCGGGAAGUAGUUAGAGUUUGGUUCUGCAAUAAAAGACAAGCCCUGAAGAACACAAUUAAACGCUUAAAGCAGCCUGAGCCGGCCUCAGCAGUCCCGAGGGAGCCCUUCACAGACUCUCUUGAAGAAAACUCCUAAAGAGACACCCAUCCAUGAUCAAAAGCAAACUCAACAGAAACUAAACACUACCCUUGAAUCUACACAAGAGAAAGAAAGACGAUAGAAAGAAAGAAAGAAAGAAAGAAAGAAAGAAAGA